AUGUCGGUAAGCGUAUCUCAAUUACAUCUUUUUUCAUCUUCAAAAUGACUUGAUUUUGCAGAAGGAUGACGGAAAGAGAAAGAAGGAAUCGGUCGUUGAUCUAAACAGAUUCCUUGACAAAGAAAUCCGCGUCAAGUUCCAGGGAGGUCGUGAAGGUGAAUUCAAUUAUUUGUCGGCGCUUGUUUUGUAGACAGCGUUGUUUUCAGCAAGUGGCGUGCUCCGCGGCUUCGACCAGCUACUCAACAUGGUGCUCGACGACUGCCGCGAAUAUCUCCGCGACCCACAGAAUCCGUCCGUCAUUGGCGAAGAGACCAGGUAGAUAAUCCUUGCUUGUUUCCAUUAAUGCUCGUCUUUUCAGACCCUUGGGGCUCAUCGUUGCUCGUGGAACGGCCAUCACUGUGGUCAGCCCUGCCGACGGACUCGAGCAGAUCGCUAAUCCGUUCGCCGCCCAGGACGACUAA